AUGGAGGACGUCGACUUGGGCAAGGACCGAACGCAGCUCAUCGACUUCGUGUAUGCAAAUGGAAAUGGGUCUGCAUCGAACUUGAAUCACAAAAAUGAAUCAAACAUUUCACUUUCCGAGAAAGCAGUCAAACAACCCCUCCAAACUCAAAAUCAAUCAACUCCUCCACCAAAGCCACAGAAGCAAAAACCAGCUCCAAAACCAAAAAAGAAGAUUGCAUGUGCUCCAGGAUCAGCAAUUUGUCUUUUCUUACUUGCAGUUGCUGCCAUCAUUUUUGCAGCUUUCCUCGGUCAUUAUCUCACAAAACAAAAAUAUGAAAUGAUGCAGUUUAAGAGUUCCAACGAGUCACAAGUCGUCUGCAAGAACUAUACAAGACCACACAAGAAUAAGCAUCGACCAAUUGUAAAUGAAGAAGAUUUGGAUGAGAAUGACGCCAUCAAACAGCCAACGAAAGAAGAGUUGGCUCUACCAAAACAUGUUCAACCGAUUUGGUACGACGUAAGUCUAUCUCCAAAAGUUGGCGGCAACGGAACUAUGGGUCUCGCCGUAGUUAAACUCAACAUUUCGGAGCCUACUAACAAGAUUGUGCUCAACGCGAAAGGAAUAGAAUUUACCAAAAACCUGGAGAAGAUCCAGCUGUCUAGAGAAGCUCCGAAGAGAGCUAAAAAGUCAGCGGCUGAUGAUGUUGAAGCGACUACUCCCGCCGUUGUAUCCGCCAACGCUUUGAACGCUACCGUCGAAAUGGCAGAAGGAUCUGGUAUGAGUGCUGAGGAGGGGUCUGGACAAAAUGUUGUUCUGACCACCACUACCACCGAAGUUACCCCCCUCUCAAAUCUAGUUGACACCGGAAUCAAAAUCACCAAUAUUGAAUUCGAUGAAGACUUGGAAAAAGUCACUUUGACGCUAGACCAAGAGCUCAAAAAAGGAAGUGACGUGGUGCUGAAAAUCCCGUUCACCUCGAAAGUGACAAAUGAUAAUGGACUGAAAGAAUACAAGUACAAGACAGCAGAUGGAAAGGAGAAGAGUAUGUUCACCACUCAACCAAGUUAUGCUUAUAUGCGUCAUAUCUUCCCAAGUUUCGAUCAAGAAGCAUUCAAAGCUCCAGCUGCAUUGACUUUGAUGCAUUCAAAGGGAUCCGUGGUGGUGGCUAAUACAGAAGUCAAGACACAAGAUGAUGGAGAUGCCCAAACCUCCACUCUCAAAAAAGUGCUGGAUCCUGACUUUGUUAUUGGAGACCUCGUACCAAGCGAGGUUAACACAACUAGCGGCAUAACUGUGAGAAUUUGGACAAGGCCUGAAGUUCAACAUUCCACAGAGCUGUCAUUGGACUAUACCAAUCAGGCUAUUGAUGCGAUGGAACAUAUUCUUCAGUCAAGAUUGGAAUCUAAAAGUUUAGAUAUCGUCGCCGUUCCUGGAUUCCAGCACGGCAACCGAGUGUCACCAUCAUUCAUUGUGCUCCCUGAAAAAGAUGUACUUUAUAAUGAGAACUCCAACGACAUCAACCAGAAGACUCGUCUAGCUAGAACAAUUUCCAAUCGAGUCGCAGCACAGUGGUUCGGAGGGAUAACGAAUCCAGAGGAAUUCGGAACAUUCUGGUUAAAUGAUGCGCUGCCAAAGUUUUUGGAAGUGGAAGCGUUGGAGAGGAUUCUAAAUGUGAAAUCUGAUGACUUGUGGACAUAUGAGCUUGAGAAGAUUCUCGAACGCGAUGCAACUGCCACAUCUCAACCAUUGAGGGUGAAGAACGUGUUCUCUGCUGCUGACAUUGCUGCAAUCGAUCAUGAAUUCAUUGGGAAGAAGGGAGCUGCAGUGCUCCGAAUGAUUCAGAAAGCUGUUGGAGAAAGUGUUUUCAACAAAGCUAUCAGAAGCUUUGUUUCCUCAUACCGUUCCGCCUACCCAUAUGACGAUGGGCUCUGGAAAUCAUUCCAAAAAGCAUUGGGAGGAAAAUUGAAAGGAUGGAAUAACGAGUCAUUGGAUGUUGCGAAGUUCGUGAAUACGUGGGUAGAUCAGAUCGGUUUUCCACUGGUUUCUGUCGAUAAAUUGGACGAUGAAAAUGUAGAGUUGUCUCAAGAGAGAUUCAAAAACGAUCACAAGACAAAGGAACAAUUCAAAUUCCGCAACGCAAAGUAUUGGUUCAACUGGGAAGUCCCACUAUUCCUCAAGGGGUCUGGAGCAGUUGGAAACGUGUCGUGGCUUCAUGAAGCAUUCAGAAUUCCACUGAACACUUCCAAUUCAAUCUACUUAAACACUGACUCUAAUGGAGUGUAUCGCGUGAAUUAUGAAGAAAACCGGUGGAAUGAUAUUGCCAAACAUUUGGAGAAAUCCCAUGGAAAAUUGUCAGAGAGAACGAGAGCUCGUCUAAUUUCUGAUGUAUUUGCAUUGGCCAAUAGUGGAGCACUUCCAUUCGAGACGGCUCUCAAUGUCACUUCAUAUCUUCCAAUGGAGACUGGAACUGUUCCAUGGUUGAUUGCAACGAGGAUUUUUAAGAAAUUGACUGAUAGAUUGGAGGGCGCGCCAAUUCAGGAUAAAUUGAAUAACUUCAUCUACCAAAAAAUUCACAAAAAGUUCGAAGAAGUCAGCUCAUCCCCAUCUGAAUCGAACUCAAACUACCUCAAGAGUCUCCUUUAUUCUAACCUCAUCGACUUGAUGGCUAUUGUGAAACCAGAGAAAUCGAAUGAAAAACUCAAUGAGUUGUUUGUCGAAGGAUUUUUGGCUCCCUGCCAAGAUUCUGGAAACUUUAGCAGUGAUUGUUCAGAGGUACCCGGAGAACUUCGUGAGAAAGUUUACUGUAACGGGGUGGAAUUCGGAAACGAUACUGUAUUCGAAACAGUGAAGGAGUUGGCUGAGAAAGAAGUCGAUGGAGCCGAGAAAGAGCUUCUUCAUAAUUCUCUCGCAUGCUUCAGAGAUCCGCGCACACUUCGUCGAUUGAUUCUGGAGAAUUUGAAUAGUACAUCUGAUGUUACUCAACUUUUGAGAAAAAUGAAUAGCCGUCCGGUGGGACGAGAAAUUGCGACAAACUGGAUUAUCGAUAAUUGGUCGACAGUACUGAAAAAGAAGUUCAAGAAUGACCCAGAAACAUUGAACCAAAUCGCAGAUGCUGGAAUUGUUUUAGAUAAUGAAAGAGAGAAAAGCAUGGUGGAGACGUUCAUGGAGCAUCACCAUAAGAGUACGAAUGGAAUCGAGAGUUUAGACCAGAAGAUCGAAGAAGCUACUACGGAUAUCUACUGGAGAAAACAGAAAAUUGCAGAGUUGAAUGACUAUUUGGAUGGAAAGAUGAAGGGACCAGCUAAAGAUGAAGAGGCUGAUAACAGUGAGGAGCAGGAAUGA